AUGAUAGGUACAUGCUGUGAGUUAUCCUGGUUACAUUCAUUGUUGAAGGAUUUACGAACAUUGCAUCUGAAAUGGGCAUUGCUACAUUGUGAUAACAAAGCAGCCUUACAUAUAGCAGACAAUCCCGUUUUCCAUGAGAGAACCAUGCAUAUAGAAAUAUAUUGCCACUUUAUUCAGGACAAAAUACAGGAUGAUUCGGUUGUAACCAAGUUUGUUACUUCGGCAAAUCCUCUUGCGGAUUUGUUCACUAAACCAUUGGGAAAUGAAGCUUUCUCUACCAUGAUUCGCAAGUUGGGAGUUCUCGACAUUCACUCUUCAACUUGA